UUAGUCAGCAGAUAAGCAGCGAGCCCUGGAAGAAACCAAAGCCUACACAACCCAGUCAUUAGCAAGUGUAGCCUAUCUGAUCAACACUUUGGCCAACAAUGUUCUCCAAAUGCUGGAUAUCCAGGCAUCCCAACUUCGACGCAUGGAAUCUUCAAUCAACCAUAUUUCACAAACGGUGGACAUUCACAAAGAGAAAGUUGCUAGAAGAGAAAUUGGUAUCUUGACUACAAACAAAAACACCUCAAGAACUCACAAAAUCAUUGCACCAGCUAACUUGGAGCGACCAGUUCGCUACAUCAGGAAACCUAUUGAUUAUACAAUUCUAGAUGAUAUUGGACAUGGAGUGAAGUGGUUGCUUAGAUUUAAGGUCAGCACACAGAAUAUGAAGAUGGGUGGGCUGCCUCGUACAACACCACCCACCCAGAAACCACCAAGUCCACCAAUGUCGGGAAAAGGAACUAUUGGGCGUCACUCUCCCUAUCGUACAUUGGAGCCAGUACGUCCUCCGGUGGUACCAAAUGACUACGUGCCUAGCCCAACACGCAAUAUGGCUCCCUCACAGCAGAGCCCUGUUAGAACAGCUUCUGUGAAUCAGAGGAAUCGCACAUACAGCAGCAGUGGGAGUAGUGGAGGAAGCCACCCAAGUAGUCGGAGCAGCAGUCGAGAGAACAGUGGAAGUGGAAGUGUGGGUGUUCCUAUUGCUGUUCCCACACCAUCUCCUCCCAGUGUCUAUCCAGCCCCUGCUGGCUCGGCUGGCACCUCUCCCCUUCCUGCUACCUCUGCUCCUGCCCCCACUCCUCCUGCUCCUGCCCCUUCCUCCGCUGCCCCAGACGCUGCUGCUGCUGCUGCAGGAGCUCAGCCCCUUGCUGAUGGCUUCACCUCUCCAACUCCCCCUGCUGUUUCUUCCACACCCUCUGCAGGUCACCCAGUUCAGUUCUACAGCAUGAACAGACCUGCAUCUCGACACACCCCCCCAACAAUAGGGGGAUCUUUGCCAUAUCGGCGUCCUCCUUCAAUCACAUCGCAGACGAGCCUUCAGAACCAGAUGAAUGGAGGACCGUUCUACAACCAGAACCCAGCUUCCCUUGCUCCUCCUCCCCCCUCCAUCCUACAGGUAACUCCACAGUUACCGCUAAUGGGAUUUGUGGCCAGAGUUCAAGAAAACAUUUCGGAUACUCCUCCCCCACCACCGCCUGUGGAUGAGCCAGUGUUUGAUGAAUCUCCACCUCCGCCCCCACCUCCAGAGGAUUAUGAGGAGGAGGAAGCAGCUGUGGUGGAGUACAGUGAUCCAUAUGCUGAGGAAGACCCUCCUUGGGCACCAAGGACCUACUUAGAAAAGGUGGUGGCGAUCUAUGACUACACGAAGGACAAAGAAGAUGAGCUCUCAUUUCAGGAAGGUGCCAUCAUUUAUGUUAUCAAGAAAAAUGAUGACGGCUGGUAUGAGGGAGUCAUGAAUGGAGUGACGGGGCUCUUCCCAGGGAACUAUGUGGAGUCGAUCAUGCAUUACUCAGAGUGAAGACUAGAGGACAGAACACUGCAUCUCCUGCUGCAGGAGCUGUCAGGGCUUCCCAGAUCUCCACCAGCCUGUGGGGCCCCAUCCAGUAUAACUGAAUGAAGGAUAAUUGUAACAACCACUCUUUUGGGGUUUUUUUGUUUGUUUGUUUGUUUUUUUCCCUCCCCUCAUUAUAAAACAAUAGUGAUUUGAGUUUGAACAAAUGGCUCUUCCAGCUGCCAGCAGAGGCCAUCCUGAGCCAUCUGAUGUUGAAUUAAGCUGACCCAUUCAGAUGUAACAAACUUGUUGAGUAGCUGAUACUUCACUCGAAUUCUGAUGACUUCUGACAGGCUUUGGGAUCUGUCUCAGGAAUCCUUUGUGCCCUCAUGGUACUACCCUUGGCAGCAGUGCCUGGCGCUUGGGAUGUCCUGGAUGCUUGCGGUGAAGGGUUACUGGCCAGUGGACAUCCCUCCUGUUUCUACACUACACUCCUGUGCAGCUGGAAGAACAGUCUUGUGCUAGGAAACACUGGGAUUUCCACACAGAGCCGUUCCUGUAACUGACUUCCAGAUAGCUGGCUACGUCUUUAGCGUAAACACUUCUGCAGCUGCUCUGCACAUGUAGGCUGACACAGGGGCACACAGAGCUGGCUUUCAUUCACUCACCUUUCAGUUUAGACGUUUAAGAUGGCUGCAGCCCAGAGGACCCCACCCCCAUUUCCUCAUCUUUUUAAUGCCACAGAUUUGUUUCGUGUUCAGCACCGAUGUAAACGUGCUCCUCUGCGCAGUGAGUUACUCGCCAUGGGUGCUGCUGGUUUAAACAGAACUCACAGAGGCAGUUGACAGUGAAGGCGAAACAAAGUUUACAGGUCCUCCUGGGGUCUGAGGAUAAACUCUAGGGGCUGUGAUCUAAGGUUCAAAUCUACUCAUGCCUGCUUGCACUAGAGAAACUUACCCCCAACUUUAGUCUUAUGCACAAUAUAAUCUUAAAAAUCCAAUCAGGUAUUGUAAAUUGGCUAUUUUGUACUUGACGACUAGAUUUGCAUAUGUACUGUGAGAGCCCUGUGCAGAGGCAGGACAAACGGCAAUUGUCGUCUUCAUGUCUGUUGCCAAAAUCUCUUCAGUGGAAGUAAAAAGGGCUGUUGUGUGUAAUGGUUUCCCAUGGAAAUCCAAGCAGUAACUAGUAGUAGUCCUAGCUCUUCACCCAGCCCUCUCCAUUGUUCAUUAUAAAGAAAUAGAUAUUUUGAGCUGUACUGGUGGAUCUGGGGUGGAGUAAUAACCAAGUGAAGGCUCUGUAGCCCCUUGUGUUGAUAGUUUGCUUUUUAAUCUAGUCUCAGUUAAAACUGCUGCUCAGUGAUUCUGCCUAGCAGAGCAGUGUAAAGUGAUGGGAGUACUAGUCUGCCCUUAUGAAGGACUGAGUGUUAUCUUUGGGUAAAUGUCAUGAAUUAACAGAGUGAACUGAUGAAGCCUCCUGGGCCAGGGCAUCCUCCUGGAUGACUUUUGACUGUUGCCUGGCCAAGUUCCAGCUGGUACCAACAGUUGGUUGUCCAGGGCGAGACAGUGCUGCAGCUGUCUUCUGAGGCCUGUGUGUAAAACUGAGCCCUACACAAGAGAGCGCUGCCAGGGCUGUGUUUGUGACAGUAUUGGCAAGGGUACAGGUAACUGACCCCAUCUGCUCGCUUGGUGGUGAGUGCAGUGUCAGGGUGGAGCUGCAGGCCUGGUGUAAACCUGGGCAGGGAAGAGCCAUAGCUGCUAUGGGGGAGGAAGGAGGAAACAAGCAGGUGAGUGUUUGUGGGAUAUGGGUGAAUGUGAUCACCUGCUUGCAGAAGAGUGAGUUAACUCCUGCGAUGGUGCGUAAGGAGUUCGUUUGGUUGAAGCUUACAGGAGGUACAACUUUGAAGAAACUGGAGUGAAGGUAGAAGUUACUUUCUCCUCUGCUCAAUCCACAGCUGUGGAGCCAAGACACCCUAGUCUUCUGCCUGGAAGCUGACAGCAUUAUUGUUUGGGAUGUUAGCCAGGACAGAUACCCUUCUACCUGCCUCUCUGAAAACUUCUGUUUCACAGCAAGACUAACAGAAGUGUCCACGUUCAGUUCCAUCAGCCCAUCGUUUCUCUGGGAGCAAGCCUAGGAACACUGGUUGUGCAGUCACUGCAGUGACUGUUCUGGUGUCACAGGGCAGGGCUACACUUUUUACACAGGGAGGUGUGCUUGCAGCCCAGCUUGGAGCCUGGGUGAUUGAACAGCAGUAUUGCACAAGCCUUUGGUGCUCGCAGGGUGGCUGUUUUCCAGGAUAUCAGAGCAUUCCUGGUGUCUCUUGCUCUGGGUAUGUUUGUGGAAAGACUGAGCACAUGGUGCUCCCAUAGAUCCAGUUAUGGCAGCUUAGUGAGUUACUAAAUGAGAGCUGAACCUCUCUCCCAGUGCACCCAUGCUCCAGCUGGGAGGUCACGUGUUGUUAGUGGAACGUCUUUUAACAGUCUGUGUAAAAGCGUGUGCUUGAAUUCUUCUGACGGGUGGGGAUCGGGUGUCCUUCAUUUUCAUUCAGUUGGUUGUUCAUCUUGCAAGUUCUCUGUGUGGCGAGAGCAGAGCAGUGUGAACUCGGGAAGUGCUGAAUGCUUGCCAGAGCUCAGCAUGGAGGAUGAGGCUGCAAAACCUUGAAAGUGGAACAUGUGAAGCUCCUUAAAGAACAUCAGACUUCAGUCAGAUGGGCCAGGGGUUAGUUUGGUCCCUGCUGGUAGCACGUGGAAUUGUUUAUCCUGCAAGAGCUGCUGGGAAUGGAGUCUUUGGGUCACCUCCUGCUGGUUUUAUGCUUUAUUAUGCAGUUCAAAUGUAAAGAAAUUUGUUGAGCUUUAUGCAUAUUUUUUAUUUUGUACAGAUUUUAAUUCUGUGGCUUGUUUGGGGAUGAUGUGAUGUUAUGGUCAUAGACCAGGGCAAGGUUAACAGGCUCUGUAUGUUAAUGUUACAUAGAUUGCAUGCUAGUGAAGUCAGUGAGGGUUGUGUUUCCAGUUUUGUCCCUUGUACUUUUCCAAAAACUUCUCCCCUCUGCCUCUUUUUAAUUUAUGUGUUUACUUUAAAAGGGGGUCGAGAAUGGGAGUGGAACACCUCAGUAUUUCAAAUACAUGCACAAAAUUGUCAAGUGCGUCUUGCUGCCACAGCUGAAGGUGUUCUGCAUCUCAGGCUCUUGAAUCAGCAGUGUGUAUGCAUGAGACAGAGGUGAGGGAAGGAGACACUCCAGAAUAGCCCAAAGAUUGCUGUACAGCCAAAAUGAGUAUGUUUCUUCCUUGGUAAGAGCUGCCUUAGCCCAGCCAGCUGUUUUCAUUGUGCACAGAAAUUGGUCAUCAUCCUCUAGCUGUGUAUUUUGCCUUGGUUUGCUGUAUCAGAGAUUUCCUUGCUCUUGGCCCCAGGGACAAGGCUAUUAACUACAGCAGCCUCUCUGCCAUGUGCCUGCGUAAGAGGAAGUCCGACUGACUCUGUCCCCAUCUACUGCCGAAGCAGCUUAUUUUGGUGCUUUAUUUCCAGCCUAAGAGAGAUGGCUGAGGUUUCGUGUAUCUAUCUCGCCCCACCCCCCUUCACGUUCUUUGGGUCUCUCUCUGGCAGUUGCAGCAGAGGGGUGAGAGGGGCAGGAGGAGCAAGCAGCCCAGUUUUGUGCUUGAGCAUCCUGCUGGGGUGCCCGUGCCCACUGCCUGGAGCAGGCGCCAGGGGGCUGAGGCAGUGCCUGAACACUUGCUGGCCUGACUGCUGAGGCACAGGCAGACGGGGAUGCACUGAAGAGCCAGCGUCCUACCCUGAGGCCAAGAGGUAUGGCCCGGCCCGGCGGAGGUGGCAGAGCUCGGUCGGUGUUACCAGGAGGCUGACCCACCUUCCUGGCAUUCAGCUUGGCCUUGCGGUUAGUUGAGUUGGGUGUUCCUGAAAGCAGCUGCAGAUUGCUGCUGGUUUGAACCGCAGCCCCCCACAGUCCCUGGCUUACCCCUGCCUGCUGGGAGGGCUUAGACCCAGUUUGUUCUCGCUAGAGCAGGUGGUUCUCUCUUCACAGCUCCUGGGCAUUUUCUUUUUUUUCUGCUGAGGGAUUUUAGUGACAGCCAAAGUUGACAGUGGCAGUGAUGCAGCUUCUGGAAAGUGGCACUUUUACCUAGGGCAUUGCAGUUGAUCAUGAAAAGAAAGUGCAGCAGCAGGACUGAUGCUCCUUUUCUGGCAGAGGUGGCUGCCUGCCCGCUGUGUAUGUGCCUGUCGUAGACUAGAGGGGGAGGAGAGUCGUGCACUGAUGAACUGUUGUGCUUCUGUCGUGUCUCCUGCCUGUGCUUGAUGGUGACUUAAUGCUGUGCUCUUCCCAACUCCCACUUCCUAGCAACUGCCGUGGAGGUGCCUCUCCCCUGGAAAUGAGCUCUCAGUUACAUCCCUGGGCUUCAGGCAUAAAUCAUUUUCCUUUCUGCCACGGAUGCGAUGUUAUACAGGUUAGUGUUUACAGGGCUUCACCUCCCAGAGGUGGGACAGGAUAUCACCUUGUGGAACAGGUGGCCUCUGCAUUCUCAGCUGGGCAACUUGGCGGCGGGUGCUAGAGGCCCCUGUGAGAGGCCGUGGCGCGGGGGCACCUCCCGGAGCGGUACUGGCACGGAGAGCAUCGAGCGCUGGCGCAGGGCAGGAACCAUUACAGCCCCCAGGCAGAGACUUCGGUUCCUAUGUUCACAACAGUGGCAGUGAGAAAUGUGCAGCACUGCUGCAUUCACUAAGGCAAGUAUUUACAACCCUAAUCUAGAGAUGGAGUAAAUGGAGCACUAGCAGGUCGAUGGGCUCUAAUUUACAGGGUAACAUUCAUGAAUUUACUGUGCUUACCGGUAUAUUCACCUUCCCCACCUUCUGGCAUCUCUUCAGUAUUAGGUACUGCCACAUUUUGUGGAUAAAAUGGUAUUACACAGAGGUCAGAAUAGUGCAAGAAGGGAACAGUUUGUGGUUGUUUGGUUUUUGGUUUUUUUUUUUUUCACCCUGGUAGCUGAAGUCAGUGUGUAGUAGCAGUCCUGUUGAUCUAGAAACUGCAAGAAUAGUGGGACCCCAUCUCACACCCAUGGGAAAGUUGCUGAAAGCUUGAUGCGGCCAAGGUGUGCCAGCUGCUGUUACAAAGAAUAAUUCACAGACCAUGGUGUUCUGCUGCUUUCAUUCAGAAAACCCCACCUGUGUUUUGUGCAAUCUCCUGCCCCUGCAGGAAGUGUUUUUUUUCUUUGGUACCCUAAACAGAGAAUUUUAUUAGCACCUUUGGUUAUUACAAGGCGUAAUACAAACCAGUAAAGUCAGCAGCAGCCUGCUGUCCAGCGGUAAGCCUACACCCAGCAUCCUGCUGACCACUGACAUGGCGACACUGCUGAAAUGUGUGCAGUACAUUUGUUCCUGUUUCUCUUAAAACCUCGGAAGAAUCCUACUGCUAUUGACUAAUGAGGAAGAGCUGUGUACAAAUUCAUUUCCAUUGCAGCGCCUUGGUAAAGUGCUGACAUGUCUGAGAUUAUUUUGUAAAGAACAAGUGCUUCUUUUCACAUUUGAAAAAGUGUCUUUUGCAACUUGCAUGGACAAGUAGUUUCUAUGAAUUCUCUGGAAAUGUCAGUGUCUAACAUGGAUUUUGUCCAUGCACUUUUUUCUGAAAGCAGAUACCCCCCCACCCCCUGGUUUGCAGUCAGGAGAAGCACCCUGUGCUUUUGCUUUUGGCACUGCUGAUGCAGUGGAUGAGGGCAGAGCCCACUGUAAAUGACCAAGCCCGCAGGACUCUGGGGAGCUGUACGCCGCCAGUAACGUUUUAUUGUGUGUGCCAUUUGAACCACCUUCCAGUGAGUGCAAAACCCAAUUUUUAAAUUUUUUUAAUUGUACUUGGAAUUAACUGUUGCUGUGUACUAAACCCUCUUGUUACAAGCCCUAAAUAAAAAGAACAAAGCACACACCAUGUGUCCUGUGAGCA